UACCGUUUAUACCUUGGGUGAGUGCUCUGUUCUUCGGAAGUAGCGGACACUCGCAUUCUCCCAGGGCUUAGGUGCAUCCGCACACGCUGUGGGGGCAGAGAAGCUGGGCCAGGUCGCGGCCUCGUGAAGGGUGUGGAUAAGGCUGUGAGGACUGCCCACUUCUCCCAGGCCGAAUAGGGCUCCUGGAGCCCGGGAGAGGGGCCACGUGGACGUCUGUAGAGACAGGCCUCGAACCGGGCUGCUAUGAAGAGUGACCCGUCGACAGCUGCAGCUCCCCUUAGGGGGGCCGGGGGUGCCCUAAGCAGCAGCGAAACGGGGCGCGUCGUCCUGUCGCCGGCGGCAGCCGCGGCUCUACUGGAGGAGGCGGCCGAUCACUUAGUGGUGCACCUGGACUUCCGGGAGGCGCUGCACACCUGCGAGCGAGCCGGCCGGAGCCUGAGCAACUACGCCCAGGCUGACUGGCCUGUGGGCACUUCCUUAGAGGUGAAAUGCUCCUUGUGCGUUGUGGGGAUCCAGGCCCUGGCAGAAAUGGAUCGGUGGCGGGAAGUUAUUUCCUGGGUUCUUCAGUAUUACCAGGUCCCUGAAAAGCUACCCCCCAAAGUCCUGGAGCUGUGUGUUCUUUUAUACAGCAAAAUGCAAGAGCCUGGAGCUAUGCUAGAAGCGGCCAGUGCCUGGAUCCAAGACCCAGACAAUCAGGGCCUUCCAGAAUACAGAGCCUUGGCAGAACUUUACCUGCAGCAGGUGCUACUGCCUCUGGGCUGCUUGUCGGAGGCUGAGGAGCUAGUGGUGGGCUCUGCAGCCUUCAGUGAGGAGCAACGGCUGGAUGUACUCCAGGUCAUCAGCAUAGCAAGGCAACAGCAGAAACAUGAACACUCUGACUCUGAGAAGGACCAGAAGCUAAACCAGGAAGACUCCUUCCACAAGUUUCUGUCACUACUCAUGUUGCUUCGCCGGCUUUGGGACUCUGCAGUGAGCCACUUCGUUUCCCUGCCCUUCAAAAAGAGCCUCCUGGCCACCUUGAUUCUCUGCCUCUUGGUGGUGAGGUUUGAUCCAGCGUCUCCUUCUUCCCUGCCCUUCCUCUGCAAGCUGGCUCAGCUCUUCCAUUGGAUCCGGGAGGCUAUGUUUUCUUCUCUCUACUAGCUCUCCAUCCGUGACUGAGUGGUCUUUCCCACUCACCUCAGCCUCUCCACUCCCCACAGCAGAAUAACUCAUCCACGGCACCAAUUUCCUGUUGCUGGCUGGGCCCCUAUGGGAGUGGGGCCAGCUUAAUUCUAGGAAGAGCUAAUCCAAUCUGUCUUUUUUUUUUAAAUUUUGUUUUAUUGCUUAAAAUAUUACAAAGAGUAUUACAUAUGUCUCCUUUUUUUUUUUCCCCACAUGAACUGUCUUGCUGCCCAAAUGCUCUCCCACUUUGGCUGGUGUCAGGUCAUAUGGAAACACAGUGGGGCCGGAGGGCACAAGUCCUCCAGAACAGUCCCCUCUUAUACCCAGAGAUGCCUUGUUGAGGAGGGGUUUGGGAAUGGAGAGUGUGUCCAUGAAACAUUCCAUCUUCUUGACAAAGGCAAGGGGUUGAUUUUUUAGGUCAGGGUGUGAAUGAAGCUGGAAGUUCAGAAAAACCCCUUGGACAUCUUACCCUUGGACCAGGCCUUUAGUUAGGCAGAGUGCCACCUGAGAGGGCCUCUUCUUUUCUCUCUUAUGCUCCUCUUCAUGGAUCUGGCCUGGUUGUUUAUCUGUACUCAAUUUCCAUGGUUUUGCAAUAGAUUCGAAACUGCCUGGGCCCACUCUCUAUUCAGACCAGGGCAUGACUUUCAGAACCACCCAGGUGAUUACCGAAAACAAAAUGAGUCUGCUUCGCUCUUCUCACUGGGUAAAGUGAUCUUGCUUGGUGCUCUUGGGCUUCAGCUUGGUUUUCCAGGCGGUCAGUGGCCAGCUCCUGUUCUGUUACACUCAGUAUUGCUGCUGUCUCUUUCCCUCUUGUCAAGCCCUUGCCCCUGCGAUGCAGUAGUA